GCGUGUGUGUGUAGCUGUCAGUGCGGAUGAGCCGGAUACGCAAAUUCACACCGAAUUCAGACUCGGACACGUUCCACACUCGGAAUACUGGCUUCGUCUAAAAAUAAACAUAUUUUCAGGGCAGACAAACGACAAAGAAAGAAAGUGGGAGUGGGAUUUUGCUUGAGACAUAUUUGAAGGGUUGAUGGCUUAGGCUGACUGGGGUGAGUUAACGUUAGCGUGCUAACGGAGCAGCGCCGCAGUGGAUGUCUCUCAACCCGCUCUUUUUUCUUUAAGUUAAACUGACGUCGCUCAAAUUGCAUUUUAUUAUUCAUUUUCAAUGUUAUCAGCCAGUAUUUGUGCCGUGUUUUUUUUUUUCAAGCAUAGUGUUUAAAAAGCUCCCGAUGUGAGACUGGCUAGUUAGCAAGUAAGGUACGUUAGGCUUACUAAUGAAGUCUUAAGGAGCUUUUGCAGUAUACGGACGAGAACUUAAAAAUAAUACGUCUUAUUGGUAUGAACAUUAAUGUUGUAUGUAACAGCAGGCUGUUUUAUCACGUUUAGCGAGAUAUUUAUCUGUCUAGCGAGCUAAUACAGCUAACUAACUAGCUGGCUGCGGUUAGCUAACUGAACGGAACGUUAUGCCAGAUUAUAUUUUACUAAGAGACAGUUAGGACACCACUAGCUUAAAACACUUGUCACUGUGUGAUAGUUAAUUUAUUGUUAUACAACAAACAAUGGCCUCGGCUGGUAACACGGUCUCAUCGUUUGCGAGUAAAACAAAAACGAAGAAGAAGCACUUCGUGGCUCAGAAAGUGAAGCUGUUUCGUGCCAGCGACCCUCUGCUCAGUGUCCUCAUGUGGGGAAUAAACCACUCGAUAAACGAGUUGAGCCAUGUUCAGAUCCCCAUCAUGCUUAUGCCUGAUGACUUCAAAGCCUACUCGAAGAUUAAGGUAGACAACCACCUUUUCAACAAAGAGAAUAUGCCAAGCCAUUUUAAGUUUAAAGAGUAUUGCCCUCUUGUUUUCCGUAACUUGAGAGAGAGGUUCAGCAUCGAUGACCAGGACUUCCAGAACUCUUUGACACACAGUGCACCCCUCAUUAGUGAAGCUCAGGGCCGUAGUGGUGCUCGCUUCCACACCUCCUACGACAAGAGGUACGUCAUCAAAACCAUAAGCAGCGAAGACGUGGCUGAGAUGCACAACAUCCUCAAAAAGUACCACCAGUAUAUCGUGGAAUGUCAUGGUACCACACUGCUGCCACAGUUUUUAGGCAUGUACCGCCUCACUGUAGAUGGAGAUGAGACUUAUAUGAUAGUCACACGCAACGUGUUCAGUCACCGGUUGUCUGUGUAUAAGAAAUAUGACCUGAAGGGAUCUACUGUUGCCAGAGAGGCAAGUGACAAAGAAAAGGCUAAAGAAUUCCCCACGUACAAAGACAAUGACUUUAUCAACGAUGGACAGAAAAUAUACAUUGACGAGGAGAGCAAGAAGACCUUCCUUGAUAAGCUACGAAAGGAUGUGGAGUUCCUUGCUUUGCUGAAGUUGAUGGACUACAGUCUUCUGGUUGGGAUCCAUGACGUGGAAAGGGCAGAACAAGAGGAGGUGGAGAGCGAGGAUAAUGAUGGAGAAGAGGAAGGAGAGAGUGAUGGAGGGAUUGUCGGCACUCCUCCUGACAGUCCCAGUUACACUCUGGACAGCAGUAAACCACUCUCACCAGGAGACUUCAACCCCAGUAUUGAUGUCUAUGCCAUCAAAAGCCAUGACAAUUCUCCCAGAAAGGAGGUCUAUUUUAUGGCUGUUAUUGACAUCCUUCAGCAUUAUGAUGCCAAGAAAAAGGCUGCUCAUGCAGCCAAGACAGUAAAGCAUGGGGCUGGGGCAGAGAUUUCCACCGUGAACCCAGAGCAGUACUCGAAGAGAUUCUAUGAUUUCAUCACUACCAUUCUGCCCUAGUCCGAGGCAGCUGAGCUGAGUCCACAGGGAUGAAGAGGGACGCCAGCAGACGGGUGUUGAACACUCACUCACCUGCUCUGCCACAGGGGGGCUCCCCUACAGCAGCUACAAACACCAUCCGUUUACAUUUUGAUUCAGUUUUAUUUGUCUUUUUGUUUUGUGGGACCAUGAGAGUGAUGGAAAAGGACAACAGUUGUAACUUUUUUUGGAGGGGGACAGGGCGUUUUACUGCUUUCUUAUGCAUGCCCAUUAAUCUUGUUUGUUCCAUUUGAUAUUUUUCUUGCCUUUUAAAGCAGAAGAGGACGGCGAGAGGAAAGAGAGCUCAUGUGACAGUCUGUGGCUCAGUUAGUGGAAUUAGGUCUCUGAAAAAAGGAGGCCAAAACACAAGUUCUUAAUUGGAACUGUAUGUGUUCUCUUACUGAAUCAUUCAUCAAACACCUAGCCGAACUCCCUUCACGCAACCCUUGGCUUCCCGCUCUGCUUUACUCCACUGGGGUCAACAGCUUUACAGAGAGGCACCUGAAGCACUUGACACCACGGCACCUGCUAACUCUCCUUACUCGCACAGCCCUCUUCUUAUCUGAACAGACUAACCAGAAACGUUCUUUGAGCCAUUUACAAAAGGAGGACCCAUCGCCUCCUAACCUGCCUUGUGUGGAUAGACAGCUUUUGCAUGUUCUUUCAGUGUUCUUAGGCAAAUGCAUUUGAAAUGAGGGCGAAGGUUCCAGUAGGUAUUUUUCGUUGAUUUCUUGAUUUAUUUUUUAAUUUUGUUUCACAGCAACUUGACAGGAGGAAGAAUGAAGACACUGAGGCAGCAGGAUCAGUGGUUUCUCUUCAGUCAUCAGUGAUUUCUGUUACGUGAAUGAUUCGAUUACCAUCAGCACCUUAAACUGUUGCACUUUUUAUUAGGAUCACUCGGUCUGUUACGAGCUGCAAUGAUAGCACUAUGAGGCACUGUUCAACGCAGCCUUGCCAUUUCACGUGUUCUCACGCAUACGCUCGUUCUCAACAGACAAAACAUAGUUUACCUCUUGCAUCAUACCAGGACACACCGAUUUGUGUUGUGUUUCAGUAUUCCAUGGAGGUUUGGGGAAGGGGUGCUUUGUUGUAUUUUUAUUUUUCAUUUUUUUUAAACAUUGGUUUUGUUUGAAAUUGAGUACAGUAUAUGUCUUGUGAGUAUUGUUUGAAAUUCCUUUGAACGUUCAAAUUGGCAGCAAAAUAGAUGAAAUGUUGUAUAUUUUGCACAUGAUGAAUGGAACCAAAAUGUUCCCGGAAUCCUGUUGGUUCUGCAGUGGUAUUUACAAGGGAAACAGAACACCUGUAACAGAGGAGAAUGCUUUCGUAAAUGGCAUUGAAUUGGAAGGCAGGUCAUUUUGACAUUUGUUUCUUAACUUUUCUAAUUCAAACAUAAAAGCCUCCUCAUCCUAUGUUGGUUUAGACUUUUUGAUCACUUGCACAUAUUUUUACAUUGAAUUUGAAUCCACCAGAACUUUAAAAGCACGACUCCGUGAUUCAGUAAAAGUGUUCUGAUAAAUGAAGAAUGUUUGUUUUAAAUCAUACAACAAGUACUGUGUAAAAAAAAAAGAGAAAAGAUGCAUGUUGCAUUAUUUUUAGUGUUAAGUAUGGUUUAGUCCAGAGAUGGUGUAUAUUCCAUGCUUAGUCAUAUUUUUAUUUUUUCCCCUUGCCCUGAACCCCCCAUCCCAGGUCUAUUUUUUAAGAUGGUCCCGUACUUGCUUUAUACUGUGUUUCCAUGUAUAUACACUGUGCAAGAGUCGUGCCUUUUUACUCCAAAUUAAUGCAUUAUUUUAAAAUCUUUUUUUCCCCUCCAGACAGAAGUAAAAUGCUAUUUUCUAAUAUUAGGGUGGUUAAUGAAAAAUCCAGCUUUUUUUCCCCUCUCUUCCUUUUUUUUUUUUUUUU